AUGGCCGCUGCUGACAAUGAACCAGCAAAGCUCCUAUUACCUUACCUUCAAAGAGCCGAUGAGUUGCAGAAACAUGAACCCCUCGUCGCUUACUACUGUCGAUUGUAUGCGAUGGAACGAGGUUUGAAGAUUCCUCAGAGCGAGCGUACCAAAACCACCAACGCCAUCCUUGUUUCCCUCAUGAAACAACUUGAGAAGGAUAAGAAGUCAUUGACGUUAGGGCCCGAUGACUAUCUUCAUCUGGAGGGCUUUGCCUUGAAUGUCUUUGCAAAAGCAGAUAAGCAAGAUCGAGCUGGGCGAGCUGAUUUGAAUACUGCGAAAACUUUUUAUGCAGCCAGCAUUUUCUUCGAAAUUAUCAAUCAGUUUGGUGAACUUCAGCCUGAUCUUGAGCAGAAACAGAAGUAUGCUGCGUGGAAAGCAGUAGAUAUUAGGAAAGCUAUAAAAGAAGGGAGAAAGCCUGUACCAGGCCCUCCUGGGGGAGAUAAAGAUCUAUCAGUGCCAUCAAGGACAUCAAGUGGUGACCACGAUCUUGAUCCAAGCACAAAUGAUUUAGCAGUCAGAUCUGAACCAGGAAUAACAGAUCCUGCUACUAGAGCUGCACCGGAAUCUGAUUCAUUUCCUCAGUUGUACGAUAAAGUCAACUCACAUCAUUCUACAAGCAUUUCUUCAUCACCAUCAAGUAUUCCAUUAUCGCCGCCUUCGAACAUAGUACCACCACCUCAAUAUCCUACUGAUGACACUUACCAUCAUCCACCUCAAUAUCCUACUGAUGACACUUACCACCAGCCACCUCAAUAUCCUACUGAUGAUACUUACCACCAGCCACCUUCAAGCAACAGAACAGAACAUUCUCCUUAUUCUCAUCAGCAAUAUCACCCUCCACCCUACCACCAAGAACCACAGCAGCACUUACCGCAACAGUACAAUCCUCACGAUGUUCCCCCAUACUCGUAUCCCGAUUUCCAGUCUUACCCUGGUUUUUCUGAAAGUAGCCUUCCUACAGCUCCAUCUCAUUACCCUUCUUAUCACCAAGGCUCUGAUAAUUCCUAUUCCAAUUCUUCACCGUCUAACACUGUCAACUAUCCAUCAACUACUCAAUACAAUUCUAGUGGCAGGAAUGGAAGCGUUUCAGAAACUUUACCAGCUGCUGCUGCAGCUACACAAUUAUACCAGUAUGACAGCAGUUACCAGCCUUCACCAGAGAAAAUUGCUGACGCACACAAGGCAGCAAGAUUUGCAGUUGGGGCACUGGCAUUUGAGGAUGUUUCUAUAGCGGUCGACCACCUUAAGAAAUCUCUCGAAUUAUUAACAAAUCCAUCAGCUGGGCAAUAG